AAGCCCAAUUAUGAUAGGAAAGCAGACCCAAAACCAAAAGUAAAUACAUAUAAAAGGAUUUCAUCCAAAAUCAAUCUUUGUUCGGUUCUGUCAAGAAGCCAUUUUUCAAAUUCAAACCUAAGCACAGAUCUGAUUCGUUCGAUCGGAGAGGACGAGCCAUUCCGUUUCACUCAUUGGCCACCUGAUAAUCAAUUACAUUCACUCACAACUCAACUCGCGACAGGAGUUGAUUCUCAUCACUCCAAAAGUUUCAACAGUCAAUGUGAUGAAAAAUAUGAGUCUCAACUUUCCGAAGUCUAUGUAAUGUUGGAAUCAGACGAUUCUCUAGCAGAAAAAGGUGGAGGGAAGACAAAUCCAUUGGUUGGUAAUCGAUCCAGUACUCCUAUGGAUCUUGAUAAAGGAAUGACCAUUGCCAUAGAUAUGAGUGAUGCUGAUAAUGGGGAUACAGCUAUGGCACCUUCAAGAGACAUUGAUCUUAAUACUGAAGACUUUUGUAGUUUUAUGAAUGAAGAUCCAUUUUUUCCAUACAAAAAUUUGAAGCCGAGAGACAUGUCUGAGUGUGGAAGCUGUACUGGCCCAUUGGAAGAAAAUGAUUCACGCAAACAGUGGGAAAAGAUGAAACAAAACGGUUAUCUUUCUUCAUCUCAUGGAGGCAUACCGGUUCCAAAGCAACGAGGAAGAAAAAGUAAAAGUGAAAACAACUAUAAGAAAAAGAUGGAGAUUGCAAAGAAGGAGCAGGUUGACAGAUUUACUAAGAUUGCUGCUCCGAGUGGACUGCUCAACGAAUUGAACCCUGGGAUUAUAAACCAUGUGAGGAAUAGAAAACAAGUCCAUGACAUAAUAAAGGCACUUGUAAGAUCCGAGAAACAUGAAAACAACCAUUUGGGAAACAAACAAGGUUGUCAUACCAAAAACGGAACUAAAGAAAUUUGUUACCGAAAGGACGACUCUGCCAUACAGGAUGGUGGCUUGUCUCUAGAAGAUAGACCAUCAAGCGAUUUCUCUUGGGAAAGGCAAACAUUUAAGCAAGAGAAUGAAGGAGAAAGUGAUCAAAUCAUGGAAGAUAGGUUUUCCGAUGUAACUGGUGUAUUGCAAUCUACUGUUGUAAAUGAGGACGAUGCACUGGCUAUGAAGUUAUCAUCAUCAAUUAUGAUGUCUGAGAAUGAGAGCUCCACCUCUAAUGAGGAUUCAGCUUCACAUCUUUCCGCAAAAGCUGCAACUGUUGCUUCUCAGUGGUUGGAUCUUCUACAACAAGACAUUAAAGGACGUCUUUCUGCCCUGCGACGCAGUAAGAAGAGAGUUCGAGCUGUAAUCACUACAGAGUUGCCUUUCUUGCUAUCGAAGGAAUUUUCACUUGAUGAAGACAAUAAUAAUCCACAUGCAAUGAAAUGCACAGCAGCAACUGUCGACGCGCAUGGAGCAAGGUGGGGUAAACUGUUCGAUGGAAUGGAUAAAGCGCUUUCUGAAGAAGAGAAACACCUGGAGAACUGGUUGAACCAAGUAAAAGAAAUGCAAAUGCAUUGUGACAAAGGUUUACAACACAUUCACUGGAGUACAAUAAUGGGUGGUAUUCAAAGGUUGGGAAAACUGGACAGUGAAUUCAGAUCACAGAAAUCGGAUAACUCGGAGAGGGAAUUGGCUGUAAGGGCUGCUGCAGCUUCCAUUUAUUCAACUUGCAACUACCUCAGCACAGAAAAUAUAUCCUGUUUUUGAUGAUGUCCUUAAUCUGUUAUGUUUUUUUUUUCCUUGGGUGGGGUGUGUGUUGUUGUUACUUUCACCAUGCUAAUUUGCUAACUAGCCAAAAUUUUCUAGUCACUCACUUGGAUAAGGCUUUUACUGAGCCUAGAUCCUGUUUGUAAAAUUACAUUGAGAAUUAUCAUGAUGUAAUGUCAAAUUUAUUUAUGGUUAAAAUGAAUGGUGAAAGAAAUGGUUUUACCUUUUUA